GCCAAAUUCGCGAGCCACGAAUUCAAAGUUCGUACUACUUAAAAUAUGAUGUCCUAUAUAUAAUUUAUAUUACUUAAAUAUUAAUUAUUAUUCAUUAAUUUUAUCUUAGUUCGUGAAAUUGUCAUUUAUUGGCAUAUUAUUCCAUUAAUCAUGUACAAAUUAACUAAUUACAUUUUUAAAUUUACAUAAUUAUUUUAAUUCAUGAUUUGUAAAUCUUUGAGUAAAUGUAAUAAAAUAAUUGUUUUUCUAUAAAUAUGUAUGUAAUCCUACUUGAUAGCGUAAAGUGUUGACAGCUCAAUUGCUUAAUAAAUAAUUCUACUGACCUACUUUUAAAUAACAUUUUAAAAUGCAUACCAGGUAUUGGACUGGUGUCAAGUUGUUUGCAAAAAAAUUUCAUUCUUCCAGCAUCAGAUUAAACGCUACAGUAAUUGAUGGGAAGAGUAUUGCUAAUACUAUAUUAAAUGAACUACGCCAGGAGACUCAAGAAUGGGUUUUGAAAGGGAAUCGGGCCCCUCAUUUAGUAGCAGUGUUAGUUGGACAAAAUCCAGCUAGUAAAAUUUAUGUGACGAACAAAAUUAAAGCUGCUAAAGUUGUUGGUAUUGAAACAAAAACAAUGAAGUUCAGCGCAUCAACAAGUGAAAAUGAGCUUCUUGCCUGUAUUAAACGUUUAAAUCAUGAUGAAAAUGUUGAUGGAAUUUUAGUCCAGUUACCACUUCCUGAUCAUAUUACUGAACGAACAUUGUGUAAUGCUGUGGCACCACACAAGGAUGUUGAUGGUUUCAACAUUGUUAAUAUUGGAAGAUUUUGUUUGGAUAUGCAAUGUUUGGGACCAUGCACACCGUUGGGUGUUCAUGAGCUAAUUCGACGAACUGGAAUUCCUACUCUUGGUAAAAAUGCUGUUGUUUGUGGAAGAUCAAAAAAUGUUGGUAUGCCUAUUGCUAUGUUGCUCCAUGCAGAUAAUGCAGGUGAGACAUCAGCAAUGGAUGCAACAACAACAAUAUGUCAUCGAUAUACACCACCAGAUCAACUAGCUUUAUUUACUAAAACAGCUGAUAUUAUUGUAUCAGCAGCAGGUGUUCCAAAUUUAAUUCGUGCUGAUAUGGUUAAACCAGGAGCAGCCAUAAUUGAUGUAGGAAUAACCAGAGUGGAAGACCCGAAAACAUCUAAAUCAUAUCUAGUAGGAGAUGUUGACUUUGAAAAUGUGAAAGACGUUGCAGGAUACAUAACACCAGUCCCUGGAGGAGUUGGUCCAAUGACAGUGGCAAUGUUAAUGCGUAACACAAUUGCGGCUGCUAAAAAAACUGUGAUUUACAAUAUACUUGAUCCUGGUGCAGUGAUAUAUAAACAAGCGUCACAAAUAAAACCGUGAAUACAAAUCAAGCUAAAAACAAUUUUAUUAAUUGAUAUUUCAAGGAAUAUUUGUUCAGCUAUAGAUUUAAAAAAUUGUACCAGCAUGUGAUAAUAAAAAAUUAAGUUCAUCGAAAUAAGCUUUAAAAUAAAUUAUGUGUUACAAUUUUAUAAAUUAAAUAAUAUUAUAACAUA